AGGCAGCUGGAAGCGCUCCCUACACUGUGAUCGCCAUCUCCUCCACUCUCCUACAGCAGAAAGCACCUUACAAUCCGGCACUUAAAGGUGUUCACGUUGUACUUAUCUCCCCAUUUUCGUUAUGGUGCUGGACCAGCCUCGCUGACUGCUUCGUACAUCAGCGAAAAGAGGUGUUGUUCGUUAUUUGGUCCCCACUCCUCUAUCCUCCCAUGAUCUGAGGAUGGGUUGUUGUACCGGGCGAUGUACCCUAAUCUUGCUGUGUACCCUCCAGUUGCUUGCUGCUUUGGAGAGACAGAUCUUUGAUUUCCUGGGUUAUCAGUGGGCCCCUAUUCUAGCAAACUUCUUGCACAUUAUUGUUGUCAUACUUGGCCUUUUUGGUACAAUUCAGUACAGACCUCGGUACAUUGUGGUGUAUGCUGUCUGGACUGCACUGUGGGUCACCUGGAAUGUAUUCAUCAUCUGUUUCUAUUUGGAAGUAGGAGGUCUUUCAAAGGAGAGUGAUCUACUGACAUUUAAUAUUUCUGUGCACCAUUCCUGGUGGAGUGAACAUGGUCCAGGCUGUGUUAGAAGAGAGAUGCCAACCACCUACGUGAAAAGCUUGGAUGGCCAUUCCUAUAUCUCUGUGAUGGGUUGUAUUAUUGAUUACCAAUAUAUCGAGGUUAUUCACAGCUCCUCUCAAAUACUGUUGGCACUCAUUGGAUUUGUCUAUGCGUGUUAUGUUAUCAGCGUCUUUACAGAGGAAGAAGACAGCUUUGAUUUUAUAGGUGGAUUUGAUUCAUUCUCCGUCUACCAUGUGCCUCAGAAACCCUCUCAUGUACUAUUAAAGCCAGUUUAUCUGUCUACGUAAAUGAAAAGACUUCUCUACAACUAUCUCUUCAGCUGAAGAGUAUCAUUGCAGCAUGAGAAGGAAAUAACAAAAUACCAGCUCACAUGGUUCCAAUCAUCACCUUCUGAAACAAUUAACUUCUUGCCUAAUGCAUCAAUUUACAGUAGUUUCUAACAUAACUGCAUUUUCUUUUCGGAUUGACAUAUUUCAUCUCGUAUUCAUGCAGGUAGAAAGAACAGUUGCUCAUUGGAGGGGAGAGAUAUGGGCAUUAUAGCAGUGACUUUGUUGGAGCAAUACUUAGAAUUGGUUUGCUGUCAUAGAUGCACAGAAGGAAAGAUGCCCAUUUUAGUCAUGUCAAUCCAUACUCUGAAAAUACAUAAAGUAGACUUUGGGUCCUUGAAACAUGAUGCUAUGACUUUUAUCUGUUAAAUGGUUUUCCACCAGAGAGGUUGUUAGAUUUCUGGAGCAGAGAAGCAGUACAACAUUCAACUCAAUGUGCCAUGCUGCCAAGCAAAACACGACAUAUGUAUCUUGUUAGAAAAUUUGUUCAAGAAACAAUAGUUUUCCAAAUGUCAAUGAACUUUUAUUAUUUGCAUAAUUGGCCUAUUGUUCACUAUCUUUUAUUGUGAAGUGUUUUGAUCUGUGAUACUACAAAUUCCUCAUUUCUUGUCACUCUUGUAAGUAUUGUUUCAUAAACAGGAAAAGUUCCUGCAUUAUAGUAACAUUUCUUUCAGACCUUUGCUUAUAUUUUGUAAAAAGGGUCUUUCUGAAUGAUCAUUAAGAAUCACUGAGUAUGAUUGAUUGAGCUCAUACCUACUGUACCCUUAUUCAUACAUUACUUGUUAGGAAGUACAGAAACUGCAUCAUAUGCAUUUUUGUAUGGUUAUUAAGGCCAGAUGAAGCCUGUAUGUUAAAGACAGCUCUAGAGCAAAUGGCAAGGAGGUGUUGAUAUAUGUAAGAACAAUUUUCACCAGCACAAAUAGGAUUAGGAUUGCAGCUGAUUUUUAUUUUACUUAAUGGAGAUUAGUGAUUUUCCCAUUCCAUUGUAACUGGAUAACUGUGUGAAGUUAUUUUUCAAAAAUAUCAUAUACUGGUCUGUGGUUAAUUCAUAAUCUUGAUUCUAUGACCCCAUCUUGGUAGUGACUCAAUUCCACAGCACUGCUAGUAGGAACAGUGCUAUAUGCUUAAGCAAUAUUUUUUAAACAUUAGAAAAUAUGUGAAAUAUUGUCUGAAUAAUGCAAAAAAAAGUUUUAAAAAUGUAAUACAAACAAGAACACACAAUCCCAGUACAUUACAACUUAUACUAAAAGGAAUACUUAAUUCAACUUAUACCAGGCUGCUGGUGAGUCAUUUCACAUCCAGUCAGGUGAAUUACAACUAGUAAUGUCCUAAAUAUAUACAUUUUUAAAGAAAGAUGCACUACAAGGUUAAAAAAAUAUAUAAUGCUUUUUCAAAUUUUGAAUGUAAUUCAUAAGGCCUGGUAAACAGCAGGGACAUUGUACUAAAUUAUAAAUUUUGCUCAGAACAUUACAACUCGCAUUAGGUGUUAGUCUGUAGCAGCAUGGUUAGUUAUAGUGCGGUGGAGGAAGUGACAGUUCUUACCUGCCCUGAGCUUUUUGUUUAUGUGAAGAAAGUUUUGAUUGAUGUUCGUAGCCAAUUCUCUACCGUUCAGUGAUGAAGGUGCUAUGAAAAAUGAUGCUUCCAAGGCCUAGUGUAUGCAGUACUGCGAUCAUCUCUUAUGCAAUUUCUCGGUAAAAGAAAGCAGUGAGAAGUGUGGGGUGAAGGAUGGAGGAAGCAUAUUUAAGGUACAGGCAAAGUAUCUCAAUUCCAGUCUUUUACGUUUAAGCUACUUUUUGGAGAACAUUGCCCUCUUCUGUACAAGAAAAAUAUUACAUUGAAGGCUUCAUAAUCCUGCCUUUUACGCUUGAAUGAAAACUUUGCACAGAAUGCUUGCUUCACAUAUACUGUCCAGACUUGUCAGUUGCAAUGACACAAGCAAAUGGCUGACAGAAAAUCAUUACUGCCCAGGUUAUUAAUAGAGGCAGGUCAAUAGCAGUGACAUCAGCUAUAUGUCUGCAGAAUGUGCUAUCAAGGACAGAUCAAAAUACCCGAAGCAUAAAUAACAGCAAUUCCUAAUCAGUCAGCUGUACUAGCGUGCAGUACAGACCUUGAAUAAAUAUAACAAAAAACAAUUGAACCUCCUAGUCUGACAGAGAGAAAAAGUAAAAGUUUGAAUAAAGUACAUUUACCCAAGGUCAGAUAACGUAAUUUGUUAACGAUUUUACUGACAAUUCUAGUUCCAUGCAAUCUUUAUAUUAAAGUUCCUCUUUUAUUGACAGACAUUUUAAUAAUAUGAUUGUUCUUCCAAAAAAUGAACUAUGAUUUAGACAUACAUGAAAAGGAAGUUAUGAUCAAAGGAUGUGAAGUCAAGCUACACUGGGCGCCGCUAUAUACCAGUUUGGCAAGUUUUCAUUUAACAAAUGCCAGGGUCCCCCCCACUGCAAAUCCCCAGUUUAAAACUAAAAAUCAAAAGCACUCUGUAGCCAUUUCAUUUGUUGAUUUUACACAGCACCUGCUUCAUUCAUUUAUUUUGAAGCAUGAGGGCUGGAAACAGGGAUCUGCACGCAAUAAUGGCAGGAUCAAGCCUAAGCGGUAGACACAACUAUGAAUUAACGUGGUCUCAGCUAUAAUAUGAUCUCGAGAUAUGGACUCUGCAGACGGUGUUAUAAAUUAGGAAUAAUUUAACACAUUAUCUAGUUUAUUCAGCAUAAAAAGGAGUGGACUAACAAAAUAGCUGAGACAAAUAAGCCGAGUGAUGUGAAUAAAAGAUAAUGAAAUAUUCGUUAGGAAUAUUCAAACCUCGUUAAGUGUAAGCAAAUUUAUAUUAUACUCAAUUUAACUGUGUUUUUAACGACAAAAAGUAUGAAAUUAAACAGGUCAAUUAAGACACAAAGGUAAAGAAAUAGCAUAGAACUGAAUAGGAAAUAGCUUGGUUCUUAGUAAUGUGUAGACAAUGGUAUUAACAUUGUGUGAUCAUAAGCAAGUUUAAUUAAAUCAAUAUACAGCACAAUUCUUCCAAUUAUGGAUAGGUCAGUUGAAGAUAUAAGUGGACAAAUGUUUAAAAUGUUUUGAUGACAUAUUUCUGUUCACUUGUUUCCUGCAAGUGUUAAUCAAUUUAAGGGCUAAUGUUCAGUUUAAAUAAUUGGUAGAGGAAUGUUACAUGAACAAGGUAAAUGUUUGCUGAUGUUCUCAACAGUAAUUUUUAGGCUAACAUAUUAAUCUAUAUAAGCUCAUUGGGACAGAAAAGUCUAAAUUAGUUAAAGGGGCAGAAUAGCCUUUUGAAAACGUUUCAUGCAGUGUGCGUUUUGCAGUUCUGAAAUGAUGAGAAGCAUUAUUGUGUAUCCAUGUCACUGACCUCUAGCCUUCAUCUUGAAUAUUGGCUCCACCAAUGGCAGGUCAGUGACAUGAGCACAUGGAUCAAAAUUAUAACUUAAUACUGAUCUCUGCUUCAAAAAUCUAAAUAGCAUUAAAACAAAUGGCAUCAAUGACACUGACUUGAAAGGCAGUAGUACUCUUAUCUCUCCACAGGAAAAUCUAGUAACGAGGCAUUGAAAUUUUAUGAAGAAUAGACAAAUAAAUUUUAAAAAUACUAUUAUAAUGUAUUGGUAAUUAUAUUCUAGUUUCAGGAAUCUUCGCAAAAUAUUAUAAAGAACCAGAGAGUUUCAGAACAUGAAACUUAACUGAUAACCAUGAGAUCUGCACAUGCAUGUUAUAUUGGUUUGGUAGCAUGACUACAAAAGGCUUUAUUUUGAUUGGAUAAUAGUCCUGUCAUGCAGUUGUGGGCAUAUAGAGUCAGAGAACCAUCUACAGCCCAGAGACUAUACAAUCAGACAAUGUGAUCUUUGUGUUGCAACUGACUCAUGAAUGCAUCAUGUAAUAUAAUGUAAUAUACAAUAAGUUCAUAUGAAGUGUGCAUUGCAGCAUUGUAGAUUACAACAUGCUGCUUAUUCAUCAGCAUAUGCCACUAUCAAUUGGCAGUCCUUAUCGCUGCCUAUUUCUUUUUAUGUUUUGAUGUAUUGAGUAACAAAUACAAUUUCUCUGUAGAAACAAAACUUUUAACAAAACCUAUGGUUGUGAUAGAAUGCUAGAUAUGAAGAUGUAGGGGUGGCGGGAUUAUCUUCCCAAGUAUUUUACAAUUCAUCUGGAAAAAUGAAAUAAACUGUGAGAUUUCUGUUUUGUGAAUAUUCACAACUUUUUAAUGUGUACUUGUCAUUGUACAGCAUUUGUAAUUUUCUUCACAUAUAUUAAACUUUGAAAUUGUUUUA